AUGCACGUUGUCCCCGUCCUCCUCUCCAAGCCCCGCUGCCUUGUCCCUACGCCCCACAGUGAGGCCCCGGCCUCCCCCUUCCCUGCCCCACUCACUCGUCUACCGCGCCCGCUCGUUGCCGCCCCGUGCACACGGUCCGCCCUUGCCACAUCCGCCGCCUCGUCGCCCACGACCCUGCACUUGUCACGCCCGCUCGCCGCCCCCGCAGGCGUCGCGCCCGCACGUGCUGCGCCCGUGCCGUGGCCGGCCCCCUGCUGCUGCUCUACCUCACCGGCGUGCCCUCCACCGCGGCCCUCCGCUCCUGCAUCGGAGCUCGUGAUCGCUGCCACUGUCGUGGCUGUGCUCCUCAAGCCCCUGCCCCGCGCCUGCCGUUCCCACGCGCGGCCGCAGCACCUCCCGUGUCUGUGCCCUCGCCGCUGCUCGCCCGCGCCCCCCGCACUGCCACUGCCACGCCGCUGUUCCCCCGCCCCGCUCGCCGGCCCCACUACUCUGCCGCUGCCGCCGUCCGCGGCCUAG